AUGUCUUUGGAUUUAUUCGACAGCGAAGAUGUGGAGAAGCAGCUGCUGCCUCCCAGCAGCAGAAGGGCCCCUGCUGCAGCAGCAGCAGCAGCAGCAGCAGCAGCGGGGAAGCCAGCAGCAGACAAGAAAAAGAAAAGAAAAAAAAUCAAAUACCCCAAAGGCUGGGACCCCAGCAAACCCCAAAUGCCCCCAGACCCAGAAAGGUGGAAACCCAAGCAUGAACGAAGCGGCUACAAGAAAAUGCUCAGAAAGCGAAAAGAAUGCCUCAGAGGAGGCGCUCAAGGCGCUGUAGCUCCAGGAAUUGCAGAAGCGGUCACCGGCUUCCGCGACAGCGGGCCGACCACGGCGAAGACGAAGGCGGCGACGGACGAGGGCGCAAUGCGGGCAAUGUGA